UUGCUCAGUGGCGCUGGCCAUACUUUAGCUCGGGGUGGCUCGGGACUAUUACCACCUCUCUUUCACACCGCUGCAACUCCUGUGUAGCUAGGAUCUACAGCUUGACCAUACUUUAGCUGUUGAAGAACCGACAAAGACAGGGUCAAUCAAUAGUGAAGACCACCCUCGUAUAGAGGGAUAGCGUAGCGUAGAACGCUCGAUAGACUGAUUGAUAACCUCAAGAAGAUCAGCAGCGAUUGGAUCAAAAAAAGAAAAUGUUGAAUACAUAAUGGCUAUUAGCUAAAGAUUUGUACUAACAGUAGGUAAAGCUUCCUACGUAGCCGUAGACUUAUCACGAUCAAUGUCGUUCGGAUACACAAAAACAGGAAAGUCUUUUGUAAACGAAGCGGGCCCGGCCCCCGUAAGUUCCAGAUUCCUUGAUCUCGGAGGAGUUAUUAGACAACUAUUCCCGGGUUUUAAUCAAGGGGCACCCGGGGGGAGUCCUGGCCUUAAUUUCCCACCUAAUUCGCAGUUUUAUCCCGCUGUCCUUCCACAGGGCUUUAAUGCUCAAACACCUGCUCCUAUUGGCUAUGGGAACAUGUGGCCAAAUAAUUUACAGGGUAGCAAUUAUUAUGGAGGUCUCCAAAAUCAACAACAACUGAACCGACCACCGAACUCGCUGAAUUUCAAUUCGCAAACAUUGCAAAAUGAAGGAAGGCCGUUCAAACAAGUACAGGACGUAGCACAAAUACUAAAUAUUCAAAACAAUAAUGAUCUAAGGCCCGAUCUUGUGAGUCCAUCGUCGAAUAAUUCAAGAUUUCAAAGAUCUGAAUGGAACCAAAAUCCUGAAAGUCCCCACGAGGGCGAAGACUAUGGAAGUUUAGACACCAGAAAUGAAGGAACGUUAGAAGAUUUCUUUACUACUGAAAACACUAACAUAAACGACGAUGGCAAUGUAAUGUUCCCAAAGCAAGACGACCAAGUGCCAAUGAGGACGACGACUAAGAAUGCAAUAUGGGGGAAGACAGUAUCAGUUCCGACUACAACCAUAUCGAGUGACGUCAUAGUUUUUUUAGACGAUGAGGAAACUCCAUCUCAAAAAGAAUGCGUACAAAAUUGUCCAACCACGUCGGAGUACAACCCAGUAUGCGGGUCGGACAGCGUGACUUAUUUUAACCCUGGAAGGCUGUUGUGCGCACGGAACUGUGGGCUCAAUGUACGUCAAACACGAAUAGGCAGCUGUGCAUCAAAUUCAGGGUGAUCUUACUUAGUUGUAGGUAAUUGUACGAAGAAAGGUAUAGAUAGUAGAUAUUAAAUCGGAUUUAUUAAA